AUGGAUUAUCAUGGAAGAGCACAUGAUGAAUUUCACGAACAAUGGCUUGAGACUCCACAACAGGAGGCGAUUUAUCUUGGAAGAUCUCUCGGCCAGAAAACAUAUGACUUUGGUCCCCGUUGGCCUGAAACCAUCACGCAUGCCCAAUACUUGCAAAAUAUAGGACAGCAGUUGGAGUAUAAGACGCAAACGUUGAAUAGGUUCGUGUGUAGGACCUUCUCGCGUCUUUUCUGA